AUGGCUCGUCUACGGGUUAAUCAGGCCCAAGCCCAGUCAGAUUUGGAUAACAGUAGUACAGAAGAGAGUUCAAACAGUUCAAACUCUUCUGAAGGAUCAACUACUCAAAACCCAUAUGGACCCGAGUUUCAAAAUGCUCAGGACCCAUAUGCCUAUGAUGAUGAUGCGGAAACGAGAAACUCCGAGGAGGCAGUCAGUCCACAGUCUGAGUCAUCUGACAGUGGAGACGAUGGCGACUCUAGAUCUGAGAAUGAAGGUGAUGCUAAGUCGGGUUCUGAGGCAGAGAGCGGCGAUGACUCUGGUUCUGGUUCGGCUUCUGGUUUAGACAGCGAUGCAAAUGGAGACAGCUCUGAGACCCCGCCUAGGAAAAGGAUGAAGAGAGCCUCUCGAGCUUGA